GAGUGUGUGUGUGCGUUAGGGCGCGUGCGCUGCAGUCCCGCACCGUGCCCCCGGAGCGAUGGUGCUUUAGCGGUCAGAAAGCCCGGUCCUACACGUAGCUCCAUGGCGGGAGAGGGAGGCACGAUAAGCGGCGGCAGACGGGAGAGGAGAGGGGCUCUUCCGUAGAGACACGGGGCUUUUUCCCACAACAGGAGAAGAAGGAGAAGAAGCGGCCAGCCGGCACUGGGGGCUUUGAGCGCUGCAGUUUCAGUAUGGAUAGCACCGAGAGGGUCCGCACGAGCGUCUCGUAAUUCCGGCUGGUUCUUCUGAGGAAGGAAAUUUCUGGAAAGUGUCGGCCAGGGCGCCGGGUUGCUCCUGUCUUUCAGCCACAGCUCAGCCUGCUGGAGCUUCCUGCGCGCCGGCUAAAGUCGGUUAAAGAAGGAUGGAGAAGCCCAGCCAAGCUCAGCCGCAGUCAGCCAUGUCCAAAAAGGCUGAAAGUGGUGCCGAAGACCUGUCUAAACUCACGGACGAGGAGCUCCUCAAGUGGAGUAAGGAGGAGCUGGUGCGGAGGCUGCGCAAAGCCGAAUCGGAGAAGAUGAGCGUCAUCAUGGACCACAGCAACCUCAUCAGAGAAGUGAACCGCAGGCUUCAGCAGCACCUGAACGAGAUCCGGGGACUGAAGGAGGUGAAUCAGAAGCUGCAGGAGGACAACCAGGAGCUGCGGGACCUUUGCUGCUUCUUGGAUGAUGACCGACAGAAGGGGAAGAAGGUCUCGAGGGAGUGGCAGCGCCUUGGCCGCUACAGCGCUGGGAUCAUGCGCAAGGAGGUGACGCUUUACCUACAGAAGCUGAAGGAGCUGGAGCAGAGGCAGGAGGAAGUGCUGAAGGAGAACUUAGAACUGAGGGAGCUGUGUCUCAUGCUAGAUGAGGAGAAGGGCACAAGCACAGGAGGAUCAGUGGGCACCGGAGCACCAGCAGGUUGUCGGAACUCGAUCGAUAGCCAGAGCAGCCUGUCCCAUGCCAGUGUGCCUGGGCCAGGGCUGCUGAGGGACGUUGGGGAUGGGAGCAGCACCUCCAGUGCAGGCAGCACAGAUAGCCCCGAUCACCUCACACACAAGCAGCAGUUGCUGGCCGGUUCGGCGGGGGGCAGCCCAGAGCUCCUCCACAAGCCCCGGUCAGGCUCAGGGGAGGAGGGCCCAGGCCCGGAGCACUCUGGUCGCAGACGGAGCACCAGUCCGGAAUAUGCUGCUCACACCUUUCCUCAAGUAUGCCGGCCUCGCUGCGGCUCCUUCUCUAGCCCCGACCACAAGGGUCUGCGAGGUCUCAGCCCAGAAAAGCUCAUCAAAGGCCUGUCUAGAGGCAGCCCAGAGCAGUUCUCCAAGCACUUGCUGGUGUCCUCUCAGCCUCCUGGAAGCCCUGACCUCUUUCAGAAGCACAGGGGGAGCAUCGGGAGUGCAUGUGGAAGUCCUGAGCCCAAACAGAUUCUGUCAGGGACGCCUGAGCACCUGCAAAAGGGUCGUGUGAUUUCAGGGAGUCCUGAGAUGCUGAGGCACGGGUACAGUGCGAGCCCGGAGCAUGGCAAGUUCGGAAGUCCAGGCCGGGAAGUGGCCCAGAGGAGGUCAGGAGGAGAUGAGAUGUCCCCGCAUCACCGGAGCAUCUACAGCGGUAUGAAUGCUCUGGUAUCUGCUGGCUGCUGCACUACGUCCUGUAGAAGUGUCAAGCUUUGGGAAAGCUUUGACGCCUCCUGACCCUUGCCUUGAUUGGAUCCAGUGGUGGGUUCCUGGCCUUGAGAGAGGAGCCCAGUUCUCUGGUGUCUAAUGCACUGGGAGAGAGAAAAGGAGUGGAACAGAGGGAGACGGUGAAGAAAAAGGAGAAGGAAAUUGUGCAGCAGCCAGUGUCUUGUGUCUUCUCCACCCCAUGCUGGUUUCAGCUCUCCUGUGUCCCCUGUUAGAGCCCAGCACAUCCAAGAGGGAUUCUUUAGGAGGGAGAAGACUGGAAACCCCACCCAAAUGGAAUUCAGUAAUGGGAGAUGAAAGAUGCUCUCUAUGUUGCCAACAAAAUAGACCUACCUCCUUUAAAAGAAAGCAGAUGAAACUUAACAUGAAAGUAUGAAAUGGGAUUCAGAGGCUAUCACCCCUUUUGUUUACAGAUGCCAUACACAACCACAUAUGAGCAAGCACUAAUAAGAGUGAACGUUUUCCAGUUGGAUCCACUAAUAAAGUUUAAUUGGAGAUUCUGUGCAUCACAGGAAAUUAAAAAAAGAGAAGUAUUGUCAUAGCAAUCACUGCCUUGCUUCCAUUAAGAGCUUUGUGGUGACCAUCAAUUAAUUAUGACCAUAAUAUAAGCUACAAAUAUUUGUACGUUGAGCAGUCUGUGCUGACCAAUUAUCAUUAGGAGAGGAGAUGGUACAUCCAAAUUGCUCCUUUCUGUCAUUGAAUAACGGCUGCUUAUUAACCAUGUGGUAAAUGAAGUGCUGUCUGAUCUGAUGCUUUUUGGAAGCACAAAGCCAGCCUUAAAUGCACCCUGUACCCUCUUAGUCUGUGUUAAUGGACCAUUCCAGAGGGGCAAAUAUGAAAGACUUACUAACAUUCUCUGAAAAACCACAAGCUCCCAAUUUGUCCACACUUCAAAGACCAUCAUGCCUUGCUUCGACCCAGGUGUUUCUGUGAAUCCCUCCCUUAUAGACAAUGACAACAGAACAAGUACACACA